CUUGAGGCUCUUCCGCAUUGCCUGCGCGCUCGCCUCAGCUAUCAUGGCGGCUCCCUUGGCCCUGGUGCUUGUGGUGGCCGUGACCGUGAGGGCGGCCUUGUUUCGCUCCAGUUUGGCCGAGUUCAUUUCCGAGAGGGUGGAGGUGGUGUCCCCACUGAGCUCUUGGAAGAGAGUGGUUGAAGGCCUUGCACUGUUGGAUCUGGGAGUGUCUCCGUAUUCUGGAGCAGUGUUUCAUGAAACUCCAUUAAUAAUAUACCUCUUUCAUUUCCUAAUUGACUAUGCAGAAUUGGUAUUUAUGAUAACAGAUGCCCUUACUGCUAUUGCCCUGUAUUUUGCAAUUCAAGACUUCAAUAAAGUUGUGUUUAAAAAGCAGAAGCUUCUCCUGGAGCUGGACCAGUAUGCCCCAGAUGUGGCUGAACUCAUCCGAACCCCUAUGGAAAUGCGCUACAUCCCUCUGAAAGUGGCCCUGUUCUAUCUCCUAAAUCCCUACACGAUCUUGUCUUGUGUUGCCAAGUCUACCUGCGCCAUCAACAACACCCUCAUUGCUUUCUUCAUUUUGACCACAAUAAAAGGCAGCGUUUUCCUCAGUGCUAUUUUUCUUGCCUUAGCAACAUACCAGUCUCUGUACCCAAUCACCUUGUUUGCCCCAGGACUUCUCUAUCUCCUCCAGCGGCAGUACAUCCCUGUUAAAGUGAACAACAAAGCCUUCUGGAUCUUCUCUUGGGAGUACGCCAUGAUGUACACAGGAAGCCUCGUGGUGAUAGUUUGCCUCUCCUUCUUCCUUCUCAGCUCCUGGGAUUUCAUCCCUGCAGUCUAUGGUUUCAUACUUUCUGUUCCAGAUCUCACUCCAAACAUUGGUCUUUUCUGGUACUUCUUUGCAGAGAUGUUUGAGCACUUCAGCCUCUUUUUUGUCUGCGUGUUUCAGAUCAACGUCUUCUUCUACACAGUUCCAUUAGCCAUCAAAUUAAAGGAGCACCCCAUCUUCUUCAUGUUCAUUCAGAUUGCCAUCAUCUCUAUCUUCAAGUCCUACCCAACUGUGGGGGAUGUGGCCCUCUACAUGGCUUUCUUCCCUGUGUGGAACCAUCUGUACAGAUUCCUACGGAACAUCUUCGUCCUCACCUGCAUCAUCAUCGUCUGCUCUCUUCUCUUCCCUGUCCUGUGGCACCUGUGGAUUUAUGCAGGAAGUGCCAACUCUAAUUUCUUUUAUGCCAUCACACUGACCUUCAAUGUUGGGCAGAUCCUGCUCGUCUCUGACUAUUUCUAUGCCUUCCUGCGACGGGAGUAUUACCUCACACAUGGUCUCUACUUGACUGCCAAGGACGGCACUGAGGCCAUGCUUGUGCUCAAGUAGCCCUGGCUGGCACAGAGCUGCAUGGACAAGAGGGGGAGGGCCAGAAGCCGGGCCAGGUCCCUCAUCCAGAGCUGCCAGCAGGCGAGUCCUCAGGCAGAAGACGGUCAAGUCCAGGGUUCCAAAUCUCUGGCACCAAAGGGGCCUCAAAGUUGGCAACAAAGGCCCAUGGGGAGAAGCUAGGAGCACCCCACUUGGACCCCCCACUUUGUGACUGUGCACAGAAAGGAAGCAGCCGGUGAGCAGGGCUUUAUAGGUUGUGACUACUUAAUAAAUGUGUGGGUCUUUUUUUCA